AUGCCGGCUUUCGAUGGGAAGAAAGGCGAUACGAGUGGUUUACUUUCAGCCAAGCCCCCCUCUCCACUAUUGACUAAGCACACUGCACCACGACCUUAUCAUCUUCGUGCGAUUACUACAGGAGUAUCUUCACAUACCCCUCGCAUAACUGCAACAAGGCAUCAUGUAUCUCCUAGAGCUACCGGUAAGAAGAAUAGCAGCCCUGUAGCCAGGUACGAGCCUUGUUCCAAAAGUCUGGGGAAUAGUUCUUGUCGUGCGGUGGAGGGCUUUUUAGGGGCUACGCCCUUACCAUCAUCUUCGAAGCCCCCCAACAUUCUCGAGGACCUGCUGCAGUGCCUCGUUCACGUGGAUGACCAGCUGUUGGAUGACAGUAUUGUAUGCUUAGUGAAGACGGCAUUGGCCCGGCUCAAACGGUGUCCGCACCCCCAUCGCGGCCCGAAGUCACCUCCAUGCCCCAUUACCUCAUCCCUACCACCACUUGAGGAGGCCGUGGUGGAGUGCCUGUGCAGGGCGUGCCGUGCCGCAACGGAGGACGCCGCCGAGGCCGUUCUCUCCGGUUUCUACUUGACACACAACACGGCGAGUUCUGGGCCUGAGGAGGCUGGGACGUGCUCGAUGCCCAUCUGCCCGGUGGUGGCGGCAUUGGGACAGUUACGGCUGCAGAGGGUCCUGGAAGGCUCUCGGCGCAACGCAAGCGAUGAUAUCGAGGACUGUCUGGAGUUGCUAGACGCGGUCGUGGGGCUUGGGCACCCCGGCGCGAUGGUUGGCAUUGCCCUCUGUCUGAAGAACGGACUAGGGGUCCCUUCGGAUCUUGAAGCCGCCUUGAUGUGGUUGAGCAAGGCAGCGGAGAUAGGGUACGUUCCAGCAAUGCACGAGCUGGGCAUAUUGUACGAGAAAGGGGCUGUCGCAGGGCCCGCGGUGCUGGAGGAAGACUGGGGGGAAGCAAUGCUGUGGUAUCGGAAGGCUGCCGUUGUUGGCCACAUACCUUCCCAACUCAACCUCGGUAAACUUCUCUUAUCUGCAGCUCAGCAACAAGCGGCGAUGAAUAUAGCCAGCGCUUUGGAGAUUCAGGAUAUGACUUCAAAGUCUCGAGAGUGGCUGGAGUGUGCCGCAGGGAGCGGCUGCAAGGAAGCAAGACGACUCCUUGAGCGUAUUUAG